AUGAAAAGAAAACUGAAAAAUGGCGACAUAAUUAUCACCUCCAAAAAUGAACUGGAGACGGCCAUUCGACAGGAGUGUAAAAAUAUCCCGGUUGACUACAUUCAGAGUCUUUACAAGCCAAUCCCCCGAAGAAUACAAAGACAUCGCGAAUAUUCCGAGCCCGCCAAACAGCACCAAACAUGUCGGACAGGCCAAGUAUCGGAAAUUAGUGAGGAGGAUGGAUCCUUAUCAUGCUCAUGGAAUAGUUUCGAUUCACCAGAACCAUCGGAUUCAUACAUCGAUGAAAUUAUUGGGGAAAAUGCAAGACAUUUGAGAAAGGGAAGAAAAGGGCACCUCAACAUGCUCAAGGUCAAGCAGACUGCUGCGCAUGAUGGAUAUCCCCAUGACAAUUCACAAAAGCUUGAAUGGAAACUGAAAUCUGAUGGUGGAAACCAAACGUUGAAGUAAUUUGAUAUGAUGAGAUCAUGUGUUGCAGACCUUCAUCAGAUGGAAACAAAGAAAUGACUGAACAUGUAUGCCAGUACGUC